UUCUUCAAGUGGGCGCUAAAGCAGCUGGACAGAAAACACAGGUUGCAGAGGGUUCUUCAGAAGACGAGGAUGACAGCGAUGAAGAUGACACUGAUGAAGAUGACAGCGAGGAAGAGAAGAAAGCCCCAGAAUCAGGGAAACAAAUACCUGUGCAGAAAAAGCAAGGUGCCCAAAAGCAGGCACAAGUAGAUGACAGUGAAGAAGACAGCUCUGAAGAUGAUGAAGAAGACAGUUCUGAAGAUGAUGAAGAAGAAGACUAUAUCCCAGCAGGAAAAAUAGCACAAGUAACCAAAUCGAUCAAUGGAGUUAAAACAGCACUGACUAACAAGUCUGCUGAUGUGGAAGACACUGAUAGUGAUGAAGAUGAGGAGGAAGAAGAAGAAGAAGAAGAGACUAUUCAAAGUACACACAAAAGAAAGGGAGACAAGGCCAAAGAACAACCUCCAGCCAAGAAACAGAAGCUCAAAGGAGAUGGAGGAGAGGCAUUGAAAGUGCCAGAAAGUAAGAAGCGGAAGAGAGAAGUCAAGAAAGAGCCAAAUGCUAAAAAACAAAAACCUGAAGCUGCCAAUGGAAGUGAAGGACCUGUGACACUCUAUGUGGGUCAUUUGGAUAACAGCACAACUGAAGAGGAAAUUACCAGCUUCUUCAGUAAAAACAACAUCAGCCUGGCUGAAGUUCGCAAACUGCCAAAUAAAAGCACUGCCUUUGUGGAUCUGGAGGAUGCAGACGAUUUAGAUGAUGCUUUAGCUCUGAAUGGCAUCACAUUUAAAAACAAUACCAUUGCAGUCGAGAGAGCCAAGCCUCGUACUCCAGCCCAAGCAGCACUGUAUAAAAAAGUCCCGUCAACCUUUAUACCUGGCGACACAAGCAACAAGUCGGAGAACGAGAAAGACAGUCGCACACUAUUUGUGAAGAAUCUGCCAGAGAGUGCGACAUCUGAGAGUUUAAAAAGUAUUUUUGACUCGGCGUUGUACAUCAGAAUUCCAGAGAAAGAAGGCGUUCGUAAAGGCUUCGGCUUCAUUGAGUUUGCAGACAAAACGUCGAUGGAGGCAGCCAUAUCCGAGAACCAGGGUGUGGAGUUUGAGGGCAGCUCACUGUUUCUGGACUAUGUGGGCUCUAGGAGUACGUUUAAGAAACAGCGUGCAAGUCCUGGGACCAAACCAGGCAGAGGAGGUAGCAGACAAGCUAAUUCAGGCGCAAGAGGAGAUUCAAAAGUGCUGUUUGUGAAGAACCUCAGCUACAGCACAGAUGAGUCCUCGCUGAAGGCAUCUUUCAAGGGAGCCCUUUCAGCUAGAAUCCCAAUUUUCCAGGAGUCUGGCAAGUCCAGAGGAUUUGCAUUUGUGGACUUCCCAACAGCAGAAGCUGCAGCCAAGGCUUUUGAUGCCAUGAGUGGUCAGACUAUUGAUGGGCGUCAGGUGACACUAGAUUUUGCUGUGGACAAAAAUGCUGCUGGUGCAGGAGGUAGAGGCGGCUUCAGUUCAAGAGGACGUGGAGGAAAAAGUGGUGGGAAAAGCUUUCGAGGCGGUGCUGCUGGUGGUCAGAAGGGUAGAGGAGGCUUUAACAAAGCCAAAGGAGGGAUUGUGCCGGCUCAAGGCAAGAAGACCAAGUUCAGUGAAGAUUCUGAUUAA